ACAAGUCCAAUAUAUAUAUACACACACAGUCACACACACACACACACACACAAUUAAUCAUCAUCUAAUCAAACAAUGGCGAGAACCAAACAAGCUGCUAAUCGAAGUUGGGGACACAAACGCCCUUCUACUUCUACUGGUAAACCUUCUACUUCAACUAGUACGCCAGGAAGGAGUCCGAGAAAGAAUGCUAAUGGUACUGGAGUAAGGCAGAAGCCUCACCGAUUUAAGCCGGGGACUCAGGCUCUUCGUGAGAUUAGGCGUUUGCAGAAAAGCGUUGAUCUUUUGAUUCCGGCCGCUCCAUUUAUUCGAACUGUAAGGGAAAUCACAAGCCUGAUGUCAAAUGAAGUCACACGCUGGCAGGCUGAAGCUCUGCGAGCCCUUCAAGAGGCAGCAGAAGAUUACAUAGUUCAUAUAUUUGAAGAUGCAAUGUUAUGUGCAAUUCACGCCAAGCGUGUUACCGUCAUGCGCAAAGAUUGGGAAUUGGCAAGGAGACUUGGAAACAAAGGCCUACCAUGGUAGUUAGAUCAAGCAGCGAUUGUUGUCCUCCGUAGAAACUAAUAUUUAGGGUACUAGUACAUGACAGUAAGUAGAAGACAGGUACAUCAUUAUAGACCUGUUGAAAUUUAGCUGGAAUGUCAAUUAUUUUGUUUUCUGAGCAACAGUUCAAUCACAGAAGAUUAGUGGAGUAAUUUCUUUAUAAAUGGUGUAACAUUGGCAUGUAUGUAUGUUUAAUGUGUUCGUUUUAAUGGU